AUGGAGAGCCUGCUGGAGAACCCGGUGCGCGCCGUGCUCUACCUGAAGGAGCUCACCGCCAUCGUGCAGAACCAGCAGAGCCUCAUCCACACCCAGCGCCAGCGCAUCGACGAGCUGGAGCGGCGCCUGGACGAGCUGAGCACCGAGAACCGCAGCCUCCGCGGGCAGCAGCCGCCCCCCGCCGAGCCCGCGGCGGCCCCCGCGCCGCCCCAGGGCCCCCCGCCCGAGCUGCCCCCGCCGGCGCCGCCGGGCCAGCCCGACCCGCUCCAGCACCACCAACAGCUCCCGGCGCAGCAGCAGCAGCAGCAGCCGCAGCCGCAGCAGCAGCAGCAGCAGCCCCCGGGCAAGCAGGCAGCGGCGGGCCCCGGCGGCGGCCGGGCGCCCGCGCACCAGCACCCCCCGCUCCAGCCCCACCAGCACCCCGCGGAGAAGGACGGCAGGGAGAAGGGCUGCUGCGCCGCGCUGCUCCAGCACAAGCCCCCCCCGGCCAUCGGCAAAGGCGUCCUGAGCAGGAGACCGGAGAAUGAAACUGUUUUACACCAGUUCUGUUGCCCAGCAGCUGAUGCUGCUUCUGACUUAUUAAAUCAGUCAGAUGGAAUUAUCUCCAUAGCUGGUAGUUGGAAGCAAGAUACUUGCCUAGCUGCAAAUGCUGGCCAGGAAGGCAGGUCCGACACCCUGACGCUAAAAGCCCAGCAUGCGGAGCUCCAAGAAGAGCAGGCAGCGGGGUGUUCCCCUCUGGUGCAGAAGGCGAGCCUCCACCACACGGGCUCCCCAGUGAGAGUGCAGCGCAGCAAAGGGACGGCCUCGUGUUCCCAUGCGGCUGCCUCCGAUUAUGAGCUCUCCCUUGACCUAAAGAAUAAACAGAUUGAAAUGCUAGAGCACAAAUACGGAGGUCACCUGGUGUCUCGCAGAGCAGCCUGCACCAUCCAGACUGCUUUCCGGCAGUACCAACUCAGCAAGAAUUUUGAGAAGAUCCGCAACUCACUGCUAGAGAGCCGCAUGCCACGCCGCAUCUCUCUGAGAAAAGUCCGGGUCCAGAACUCAGAGAGCUUCUCUGCUGAGAAAGCCCUAGUAGAGGGAUACAACUUUGUGGGCAUUCCUUUGGUGAGGUCCCCAUCUUUGCCAGCCACCAUCAGUGGGGCACUGACGGAGCUGGAGGACUCCUUCACAGAACAAGUUCAGUCUCUGGCCAAGUCCAUUGAUGAUGCCCUCAGCACUUGGAGCCUGAAGACAAUGUGUUCUCUGCAAGAUGGGAGCUCAUACCAGAUCAGAGAGACCUUCAGUGCCAGCUCAAUGCAGCCAAGCCAAGACUUAGAAGCUGAGCUGCAGGAGAAGGAGAAGGAGGAAGGGAUCCUGUCAGACACCCUGCCCAAGAGCAGCAGUACUCUCAUGAUGGCCUUCCGGGAUGUCACUGUCCAGAUCGACAACAAGAACAUCUCUGUCUCAUCAUCUACCUCGGUGUCCAUGGCAAACUGCCUCAGCAGCAAUGGCCAGGCUGGGCUUUCUCAAGCCUCCAAGACUGAAGAACCCCCAGAAGAAGGGGAGGGAGAAGCCAGUGAGCCACAGACUGCCCCAGAGAGUUUACCUGAGUCCAGAGCUCUCCAGAACAGCCACACUUUCACUGAGGUGAACGUCAGCACUAAUGGAAUGGAGGACAGUAGUGCUGAGCCUGGACAGAUGGUAGUACAGAAGCUCCAGUUUGAUGCUAACAACGAGGUGGGGCAAAGCAAAGGCUCUGAGUCUGAGAAUGUGGACAACUCAGAGCAGCUGAGUAGCAGCAGCACUUCCACUUCAGCCAAGUCAGCCUCUGAGGUUUCCUCAAAGGAAGCACUGCAGGCAAUGAUCCUCAGCCUUCCACGAUACCACUGCGAGAACCCAGCUAGUUGCAAGUCCCCCACACUUUCCACAGACACCAUGAGGAAGCGCCUCUACCGCAUUGGGCUGAACCUCUUUAAUAUCAACCCAGACAAAGGGAUCCAGUUCCUGAUCUCCCGAGGCUUCAUCCCAGACACCCCCAUUGGGGUGGCACACUUCCUGCUCCAGCGGAAGGGCCUCAGUCGCCAGAUGAUUGGGGAGUUCCUGGGCAACAGCAAGAAACAGUUCAACAGGGAUGUCUUGGACUGUGUGGUGGACGAGAUGGACUUCUCGGGCAUGGAGCUGGACGAAGCGCUGCGGAAAUUCCAGGCCCACAUCCGCGUGCAGGGGGAGGCACAGAAGGUUGAGCGGCUAAUUGAGGCCUUCAGCCAGAGAUACUGCAUGUGUAACCCAGAUGUGGUCCAGCAGUUUCACAAUCCAGACACCAUCUUCAUCUUGGCCUUUGCAAUCAUACUUCUCAAUACGGACAUGUACAGCCCCAACAUCAAGCCUGACAGGAAGAUGAUGCUGGAGGACUUCAUUCGCAAUCUGAGAGGGGUGGAUGAUGGUGCUGACAUCCCACGGGAACUGGUGGUGGGGAUCUAUGAGAGGAUCCAGCAAAAAGAACUAAAAUCCAAUGAGGACCACGUGACUUAUGUCACUAAAGUGGAGAAAUCCAUAGUUGGAAUGAAAACGGUUCUCUCUGUGCCCCAUCGCCGACUGGUCUGCUGCAGCCGCUUGUAUGAGGUGACUGAUGUGAACAAAGUGCAGAAGCAGGCAGCUCACCAGAGGGAAGUUUUUCUCUUCAAUGAUCUGCUGGUGAUCCUGAAGCUUUGCCCCAAAAAGAAAAGUUCCUCGACCUACACAUUUUGCAAGUCAGUUGGCCUGCUGGGGAUGCAGUUCCAUCUCUUUGAGAAUGAAUAUUACCCCCAUGGCAUCACACUGGUGACUCCAGUUUCGGGUUCAGAGAAGAAGCAGGUACUACACUUCUGUGCUCUGGGUGCUGACGAAAUGCAGAAAUUUGUGGAAGAUCUGAAAGAGUCAAUAGCAGAGGUGACGGAGCUGGAACAGAUACGAAUUGAAUGGGAGUUGGAGAAACAGCAAGGGACAAAGGCUCUCUCAUUAAGGACCAACGGAGCCCAGAUGGAACUACAAUCUAAGCAAGGAUCUCCAACAAGCAAGAAGGAUUUGGGAGAGAAUGUCUCGGACAGCACAGUGGAGGUGUCAAUUCACAACAGGCUUCAAACGUACCAGCACAACUCCGCCCUGGGGCCCGAGAGUGGAAUGCAGCCCAGCAUGCGUCUUAAUACGCCACGGGAACGGCUGGAGACAGCACUGGUGGCCUCGCACCCCGCCUCAGCGGGGACACUUGUACAGUGCCAGCAGAUUGUCAAAGUCAUUGUCUUGGACAAGCCGUGCCUCGCUCGAAUGGAGCCGGCCCUCAACCAGACUCUGACACGCUAUGUCACCUCCGAUUCCUGCAGCUCCACCCCCUGGCGCAGCACAGGCAGUGGGCUCCCUGGGACCUCCAUGAAGCUAGUCCAUCAGCCUCCCCUCCCACCUCCACCUCCUCCUUACAAUCACCCACACCAGUAUUGCCCCCCCAGCUCCCUGCUUCAGAGGCGCAGGUACUCCAGUGGCUCACGCAGCCUUGUGUAG